GAUGAAAAUCUUCCAUUUCCGUUGACUUCGCUUGUAAAUGUAAUUAAAAGUUGGAUACUGUACAACACGGUGCAAGAAUUAUAACUUGGAUUAACGUUUUAUUAGUAAGCGCAACACAACGAAUUGACCGGCCUCGAUUUACUUGCACCAGACCAAGUUAAAUAUUUCCAUACGAUCCCCGUAUGUCAUGAUGUCAAGCUUCAGUUGCCUUUCGUGGAUUAUCGCUGCCCUUGUUCUGCAAAAAUGACUUGAAAGGUAUGGCGUCACCUGUUUGACGCCGUUUAUACUUAAACCCGUAAGUGCUCAUUCUAUUGCACCCGGGAAAAACCGUAGAAGACUGGCGGAGGUACCAGUCCGUUCUAGUCGCCGCCUGGUUCCACCGCUCAGUAGCCAACAUUAUAAAAAUAAAAGAAGAAUGCCGAAAGAAGAAGAAAAAAGAAAACGUUAUAAUUUACCAAAUGCAAGCUUUAAAUACAUCGUGUCUUUUACGCGAUAGCUUUCUAAGAACAGGUUGAACUCCAUAGCCCGUGGUCAUUCCUGGAUUUGUACAAUUGAGUCGGGUUGCUGCCGGCUAGAUAAUUAACGAGAUCCACAGACUACAAAGACAUCACGAAAAGGAAAUUUAAAAAAAUGAAAGGCCUUCAUUACUAAGAUUAUCGUCCCGGAAAAACCAUCGGCAAGCAUCCAGGGUUAGCGGAAAUGUUCUCACCUUUUGAGGCUGUGGCAAGUGAGCAACUGCGAAGAAAAUUUGGAAUUUGAUGUUCUGGUUGUGCGAACCCCUUUUCAACUCGGAUUGCGCCAUUUUAAGGAUGUCUUCCCGUCAUUCAACGUUACUUAAAGACGUCUUCGUCGUCGCCUCCAUCUUGAGUUUGAUGGUGACGGGUAUCCUGGCGAGUGGCGGUUCUCAUCAUUGGGGUUAUUCCGGCGAGGAUGAUCCAGCACACUGGUAUAAUUUCUACGAUUUGUGCAACGGCAACAAACAAUCGCCAAUUGACAUCGUUCCAUCCUCGGCCAAGCCUCAAAACUUCCUGCCUAUCCAUCUCGGCAAUUACGAUACAAAUGGCAAAUCAUUGACACUGAUUAAUAACGGACACACGGUGCUGCUGAGUUUGCCGAAGAAUUACGCCGAUUAUCGAAUGCCGUUCGUCAGGGAUGGUGGUCUGACUAAUCAAUUCAUCUUCGCUCAGGUGCACUUCCAUUGGGGCGCCGAAGGCGUCCGCGGCAGCGAACACACCGUCGAUAACAAACAUUACGCUGCUGAAUUGCACUUUGUCCACUACAAUAAAAAGUACGGUAGUUUGGGCAACGCCACAUCGCAUCCAGAUGGCUUGGCUGUCCUCGGAGUCUUUGUCGAGGAGUCCAAAGAGGAUAAUCCGGCUUUAGAUCCGAUCACGUCCGUUUUGGAUCACGUGGUGCACGAAGGCAACGAAUGGGUGCUGAACGAUACUUUGUCACUGCGCGACCUCCUACCGGAAUCGCUUUCCAAGUUUUACCGUUACAUGGGCUCACUGACUACACCCGGCUGCCAAGAGAUUGUCGUCUGGACAGUUUUUGCCGACCCUAUAACGGCCUCUGAACACCAGUUGGCUGAAUUCCGGCAGUUGAUUAGCGAAGACGGAGACAACCUAGUCAACAACUAUCGACCGCCACAGCCACUGAAUGGACGCACUGUUCACGUCCGAUCUGCAUCUGCUAAGAUGGCCGCUUCCCUGGUCGCCGUCCUCUUGCCAAUUGUUGCCCUUUUGGCGCUGUAGUUCCAACUAAAUGAAACACCAACCGAAUGCCAAAAGAGCGCCUGUCAUCGCAUACUAUUUUUAGUUGGUCUAUUUAAGAAAUGAAAUUACCAACUAACGAAGAAAUUGAAGAAGAGAGAAAAUAAGGUAGUUCUUUUAGUUUUUUCAAUUGAAACACCUUAAAAAUCGGCUGAGGAGGAGUUUACAGUGACCCGGAGUAGAACUCCCCCUCUAUUUCCAUCCAAACUAAAAUUCAUUGUGUCACAUAAGUUAAUCAGGUCCUCCAUAUUUUUCAAAUAAUGUUUCAAAAUAACGAGGAAAUGCGUUUCCCUUGCCUAAUGUCAUGGCCAUCGUGAAAUACUUUGGAGAAUUCGACUCUAAAGCAUUUUGUACAUAAAUAAGCGAAAUCUUUUCUCUUUGAUCGUUUUCCUUAAGCCAAUAGUGAUACUAUAGUUGGUGACCUAACAAAUAGUUGGAUAAGGAAUUCCGUGACAAGUGGAUAAGAAUUUUGUCAUCUCUUGUUAGUGAUUGAAAUUAGUAAAAUGAAACUAUAUGUAAAAAAAAAAAAUGAACAAAAAUGAUUUUUUGGUUUUUUGAGAAAUAAGAAAUUAAAGUGAAACCCUUACCGGUUAGGCUCAAGUAGAUGUGUAGACACAAUCCUUUUCACUACCCUUUCAACGCGAUCAACUUUUAAACUAACCUCUAUUACGUUAACGCGUGACGGCUCUUCCACCCAUUUCCUUUUUUGAGAGUCUGUUACAAACUGAAUUGGUUCAUUAUUGUUUCCUUGACUUGUACCCGUCCUUUUCUUCUUUUUUUUGUGCUUCUGCUGACGUCGAUGACUUGACGCAUGUCGGGACAACGCACAACAAUUCGGAGAGAAAAGGUUAAGAUCCGUGCUGAACACAAGUGGCCAAUGAUUCUUCCCAUGCAAUACGCAAUGUUUGCACGGGUAGAAAUCUUGUAUAGACUUUUUUAAGUAUUGAUAAUAUAUACAUAUGUACAUAGAAAACUAAAGACUUACCACUCCAUCUUCCCGCGUCAGCUAUUCUAAUCCAAUCGAAUUUUAAAAGUGAUUGAACGACGUGUUUUAAUUCCAUUUUCUUCUGAUUGAUUAUGAAAUACAAACCGUCAAAAGAUA